CUUUCCCUGUGCCACAGAGCUAGACUGAGUGCCCUGCGAGGCUGGUGGAACAGACACUGGAAAGGCGCCAGAUGAAAUAAGGGCAAACACGGCUGCAGAACAUGCAGGGAGAAGCCGUGCGGACUGAAAAGCAGUGAUUCACGGAGCGCCCGCACAACUCGGACACUCCUUGGGUUUCCCUCUGGGCGCUGCUGCAGGAUUGGGGUCAGUGAGAGCUGGCAUCAAGACGAAGGGCAGCCAGGCUCCUCCUCUUCUAAUCCUUUUCCACCCACCCCUCCCCCAGUACUCCCGUUGACCAGUGUUCUGGGCCUUUAAGAGUUGGAAGGGCUGGACCGAGGAGAGACCUCAUACCUCUCCCCCUCCCUACUCCUUCCCUUUGGCUGCGAGUCUGCCGGUCACAGCAGAAAACUGCAGCAGAAAAGGGGAGGCAGCCAGCGAGCGAGCGAGCGAGCAAGCGAGGAGAGAAGGAGCCCGGCCGGGUUCCCUCGUCCCACCGGAGAGAGCAUCGCACAGCUCACAGCCACAGGACUGCUAUCCUGCCCACGGUGACUCUAGCACCAGCUGGUGAUGGCGUCUCUGAUGCAAAGCCGGUUGCCUAUCAAUCAAGACCUGAUGCUGAUGCAGAAGGGCAUGCUGAUGCGCAAGGUGAGAUCCAAAUGCUGGAAGAAACUAAGAUACUUCAGACUUCAAGAUGAUGGCAUGACAGUCUGGCAUGCCCGGCAGGAAGGAGGCAAUGCCAAGCCCACCUUCUCAAUCUCUGAUGUGGAGACAGUACGUGAGGGCCAUGAGUCUGAGCUGCUACGCAGCCUGGCAGAGGAGUUCCCCCUGGAGCGGGGCUUCACCAUCAUCUUCCACGGCCGCCGUGCCAACCUGGACCUGGUGGCCAACAGUGUCGAGGAGGCCGAGGUAUGGAAGCGGGGGCUCUGGCAUCUGAUGGACUUUGUCAACGGCAUGGACCAACAGGAGCGGCUGGACCAAUGGCUGAGUGACUGGUUCCAGCGUGGAGACAAGAACCAGGAUGGUCGGAUGAGUUUCCAAGAAGUCCAGCGAUUACUGCACCUGAUGAAUGUGGAAAUGGAUCAAGAAUAUGCCUUCCAUCUUUUCCAAACAGCAGACACGUCCCAUUCUGGGACCCUGGAAGGAGAAGAAUUUGUAGACUUCUAUAAGGCGCUGACUAAACGUGCUGAGGUGCAGGAGCUGUUUGAAAACUUUUCGGCUGAUGGGCAGAAGCUGACCCUGCUGGAAUUUGUGGAUUUCCUCCGAGAGGAGCAGAAAGAAGGAGAACGAGCUCCUGACCUUGCUCUGGAACUCAUCGACCGCUAUGAGCCCUCAGAGAGCGGUAAAUUGCGACAUGUGCUGAGCAUGGAUGGCUUCCUCAGCUACCUCUGCUCAAAGGACGGAGAUAUCUUCAAGCCGACCUGCCUCCCCAUCUACCAGGAUAUGACUCAACCCCUGAACAACUACUACAUCAACUCCUCUCACAACACUUACCUCGUGGGGGACCAGCUUUAUGGCCAGAGCAGCGUCGAGGGAUAUAUACGGGCCCUGAAGAGGGGGUGCCGCUGCGUGGAGGUGGAUAUAUGGGAUGGACCUAGCGGGGAACCUAUUGUUUACCAUGGACACACCCUGACUUCCCGCAUCCCAUUCAAAGAUGUCGUGGCCACUGUAGCACAGUAUGCCUUCCAGACAUCCGAAUACCCGGUCAUCUUGUCCCUGGAGAACCACUGCAGCUGGGAGCAGCAGCAGGUCAUGGCAUGCCAUCUGACCGAGAUCUUGGGGGAGCAGCUGCUGAGCACCACCUUGGACGGGCUGCUGCCCACUCAGCUGCCCUCACCUGAGAAGCUUCGGAGGAAGAUCCUGGUGAAGGGGAAGAAGUUAAGGACACUUGAGGAGGAUCUUGAGGAAGAGGAAGAGGAGGAGCUAGAAUCUGAACUGGAGGGGGAGCAGGAGGCUGACCCAGAGCCAGAGGCCCAGUUGGAGUCUGAGCCCCAGGAGUUGAGUCCACGUAGUAAGGACAAAAAGAAGGAGAAGAAAUCCAAACCCAUCUUGUGCCCAUCCCUCUCUGCCCUGGUUGUCUACUUGAAGUCGGUCUCAUUCCACAGCUUCACUCAUUCGAGGGAGCACUACCGCUUCUAUGAGACAUCAUCUUUCUCUGAAACCAAGGCCAAGAGCCUCAUCAAGGAGGCUGGCAAUGAGUUCGUGCAGCACAACGCCUGGCAGUUAAGCCGUGUGUAUCCCAGUGGCCUGAGGACGGAUUCGUCCAACUACAACCCCCAGGAACUCUGGAAUGCAGGCUGCCAGAUGGUGGCCAUGAACGUGCAGACCGCGGGGCUGGAGAUGGACAUCUGUGACGGGCUCUUCCGCCAGAACGGUGGCUGCGGCUAUGUGCUGAAGCCAGACUUCCUGCGCGAUGCCCAGAGUUCCUUCCACCCUGAGAGGCCCGUCAGCCCUUUCAGAGCCCAGACCCUCCUCAUCCAGGUGAUCAGUGGGCAGCAACUCCCCAAGGAGGACAUGUCUAAAGAGCGGUCCAUUGUGGAUCCACUGGUGAGAGUAGAGAUCUUUGGCGUCCGCCCGGACACAACCCGGCAAGAGACCAGCUACGUGGAGAACAACGGUUUUAAUCCAUACUGGGGGCAGACACUAUGCUUCCGGGUCCUGGUGCCUGAACUGGCCCUGCUGCGUUUCGUGGUCAAGGAUUACAACUGGAAAUCCCGAAAUGAUUUUAUCGGGCAGUACACACUACCUUGGACCUGCAUGCAGCAAGGCUACCGCCACAUACACCUGCUCUCCAAGGAUGGCACCAGCCUCCACCCAGCUUCCAUCUUCGUGCAUAUCAACAUCCGGGAAGGGCUGGAGGGGGAUGAAUGCUAAGGUGGGCACUUCGUGGGAAGGGUGGGUGUGCUGGCUUGAGAUAGUAAGAAAAACCCAGAAGGAUGCUCCAGAAAGCAAACACAGGUGGUAAAAACCAAGUUUGGGAUUGCGCAUUCCUGAGCACAAUAUGACCUCACCCUUAACAGGCAAAUCUAGGACCUGAUUUCUCUCUCUCUCUCUCUCCCCCCCUUUCUUUGUUUUUGCAAGUCUGUGGUAUCUUUUCUGCUCCUUCCUCUGCAUACUCGACACUGGACUUCCUUUCUUCCUCUUGCCAUAGGCUCAAUCCCAUACCUAAAUCUAGGACUAAUCUCUCUUAUCCUGGCUCAAAGGCUGGCUGCAGCUAGAGGCCCAGAGAAGGGCUUGGAGCAAGGAACAUAGAGACAUCAUCCCCUCCACCCUGACCUCCUCAAAGCCCAGAGCCAAGGGAAAGAUAAAUCGAGCCUCAAAGCUCCCCAGGCAAAGGCUGGGGAAGGAGACCUGACCCCAAGGCUAUACUGUGACUCAAGAGAACAGCCCUGAGUCCCCACUGGACUGCUCUGCCCUGGCCCCACCUGUAUAAAUAUAACUUUUCUCCCCAGUU